GGGAAAACUCCUGGUGAAGCAGUUGAGAUCCUCAUGCCAUAUAAAGAUGGCGCAUAUUAAAGAGGAGAGUGAAGAUGUGAGGAUUGAAGAAGCAAUUGGAGUGAAACAAGAAGAUACUGAAGAAACAGACCUUAUGCCAUUUAAAGAAAAGUUACUAAAUGAAAACGAAGCAAAAGAAGAGAAACGUCAUGAUUUCACAACUGGAGAACAUUUUAGGUGUUCACAAUCUGAAAUGACUUCUUCACAAAAAAGAGCUCAAAAGACAGGAACUACAAAUUAUUUCACCUGCCAGCAGUGUGGAAAAAGUUUUACUGAAAGUGGAAGCCUUAAAAGGCAUGUAAGAGUUCACACUGGUGAGAAGCCUUACACAUGCCAACAGUGUGGAAGCAGUUUCACUCAAAAAGGAAGUCUGAAGAGGCACUUGAGAAUUCAUUCUGGAGAAAAGCUUUUCACCUGCAAACUGUGUGGAAAGAGCUUCUUACACAAAGGAAAUCUAAAGAUUCACACGAGAGUUCACACUGGAGAGAAACCAUUCAUAUGUGUUCAGUGUGAACAAUGUUUUACACGUAAAGAAAGCCUUAAAAACCACAUGAGGAUUCACUCAAAAGCCAACUGCUUUGUGUGUCAACAGUGUGGAAGGAGUUUCCUAAACCGCAAACACCUAAUAAGGCAUGUAAUAACUCACACUGGAGAAACCCCUUUCAUGUGCCAUCACUGUGGAAAGAGUUUCACACUUAAAGGAAACCUCAAGACUCACUUGAGAAUUCACACCGGAGAGAAGCCUUUUGCAUGCCAACAUUGUGGAAAGAGUUUCAGACAUAAUGUAAGUCUUAAGAUUCAUAUGAGACUUUACACUGGAGAGAAACCUUUCACAUGCCUUCAGUGUAAGAAAUGUUUCACAUAUCAAAGAGACCUGAAACGUCAUUUGCAAACUCAUUCCGGAAUGAAAUUGCAGAGUUCUGAGUGUGACAAAAUGUUUCGAAAAAGGAGACAUUUUAAAAAUCAUCUGUUUUGUCACUCUGGAAGAAGGCAAUUUAAUCGUGAUCAAUGUAAUACAAAAUGUAUUGUGUCAUCACACUUAAAGAUACACCUGAAAAAUCAUACAGAUGUGAGAUGCUACUCAUGUUCUUUGUGUGGAAAGGGUUUUCAAUGGCUUGGCAAUUUAAAAUGGCACCAGAAAAUGCGUAUCUGUGUAAAAUUAAGGCUGCGUUCACAACAUAAAUCAAAAGUGAGCCAAGUCUGA